UCCAUGUAAAAUGUAUCUGGCAGCAAAUUAAUUAUGAACUUGAAAUCUACAUAUGCCAAAAAACGGCUGACACUCUUGACUCCACCGUGUCCAUGUCACAAUGCUAAAGGUAUAAAUGCAAUAAAAUGGAUAUUUGUGCAUCUAAAAUCAAGCACCGACAUCAUCAGGAACUUCAUAUCCUUAAAAAAAUCAGUUGUUAAAAGCAGAAAUAUUAUGGACGGUGGGGGUCGCCAAUCGCGCUUGCUCGGUCGGCUGCUGGGCAAACUGCGCGGAGAUCACCAUCGAUACACCACGCUUGACAAAAACAUGUCUUUCACUUCCAGCGUAAUAAGCGAAGACGCGGGUUGUGGCAGCAACUUCAACGACGACCACUGUUUUGAGACUUCCAAUGUGGAUAAUAGCUGCAACAGCACUUCUAUCGAUGAUCACCAAUUCGCUGCGAACAUAGAUCUCAGGAUAAGCGAACUCGCGGGCUAUGGCUGUACCAGCAACGACAACGCCAGUUUUGAGCCAUAUGGCACGUACCAGGGCUGUGACGUCGACGUGGAGUCUCCUGUCGAAGAGAGCCAACUACCAGCUAAUAUUGACCUGAGGUAUGGGGGUCAAUACCUGACUCCAGAGCAAUUGCCCGAGUUCUGCGACCAGCUGCGACACCUCGUGCAAGUCAUCCGCAACAUACAGUCCUACGCCAGAGUCACAGGGGAGUACCCAAGCGAACUAGAAAGGCGGCUAGAGCAGGAGGCGAAGGAGGUGGCGGCGCUGGCGGCGGAGGUGCGCAACGCGCGCGACGUGGUGACGCGCACGCGCGCGCAGCGUCGCGCCGUGCGCGCGCACAAACAGAACCUCAACACGCACCUGGCUAGCCUAAGAGAGACAGAGGUCCGUGAGCUGGAGAGUUCGGUGCGGCUGUCGGAUCGCAAGCUAUUCAAGACCUGGGAGACGCUGAAAGAAUCCACGGAUCCAGCUGCUUUUGAACCCCUCCUCAAUGAAAUCAGGAACAAACAAACUGCUCUGGAAUGCCUAGUAAGGCUCAUAGAAAGUCGCCGGUCUAACAUCAACCGCGUAGUGCUGCCUCCUCAGCCGCUGCCGCCGCCUAUGUCUCGCGAUGAGAAUGAAGAACCGUCGAGCGGUGUGUCGGGCGGCCGGCGGCACGAGAACCGGCGCUCGUGCAAGCGCAGGAGGAAGGAGGCGCGCUCCGUGCCGCUCUCCAGCGAGCCCAGCCGGCAUAGCCCGCCGCCGCAGGUAACACUGUACAUACAAGGCACAGAAUGUACCUCCCGCUACCGCGUGGGCAGCGCGGGCGCAGUCGCCCUCCCGCCACUAGACCUGCCCUCUAGAGGCAGCGUCAGGGAUAUACUCUUCUUCUCCGCACAUUGAAUCCAGCAAUACAAUAGUUCUAUCUCUU